AUGAAGAGGGACAUCUCUCCAGACAUUCUAUUCCUUAUGGAAACUAAAAACCCCGACAGCUUUGUCGCAAAGAAGACGGACAAGCUGAAGUAUGAAAACAGAGUGUUGGUAACGCCGGUGGGCCACGGGGCUGGGGGAUUGGCGCUACUUUGGAAGCAGGAAAUCAACCUUCAAAUUAUCUCUACUUCUGCAAACUGUAUUGAUACCUGUAUUAUCUUUGAAGGAAAAAAAAAUUUCGCCUCCUUUGUUUACGGUGAUACUGACAGAAACCGAAGAAAAGAAUUGUGGGAUCAAUUGAUCGACGUAAAUGCGGCUCGAGAAGCACCCUGGUUUCUAACCGGUGACUUUAAUGACCUACUCAACAAUGCAGAAAAAGAUGGAGGGGUGACUCGCUCUGAAGCUUCCUUUACAGACCUGAGAACUUUCUUCUCCGAAGGUGACCUAUUUGAUUUACAAUACUCGGGAGAUUUCCUGUCAUGGAGAGGGAAACGUGGUGAUGAUUUGGUCCGCUGUAGACUAGAUCGCGCAGUAGCGAACAGUGAUUGGGCUGAGCUAUUUCCGACGGCAAGAUCACUAUAUCUGGCCUUUGAAGGAUCAAAUCACAAACCAUUACUAUCCUGCUUUGAGCCAGAGAAGAGGAAGCGACGAGGAUUGUUCCGUUAUGACCGACGGCUAAAGAACAACCCGGAAGUAAAAGACUUGGUAGCCAAGACAUGGAAGAGUGGGUCUUUUAGAACUGUCAAUGACAGAAUCUCAGCAAUGAGAUCAGUCCUAAUUGGAUGGAGCAGGCAACAUGCCCUGAACAGUAGAGCCCGUAUCAAAGAGAAGAAGUAUCAACUGGAUCAAGCACUAACGGAUCCUGUAAAUGAUACAGAGCUGAUAACAAAAGUGACUAAGGAACUUGAUGAGGCAUAUGCAGCUGAGGAGAGCUAUUGGCAACAAAGGAGCAGGCAGCUAUGGCUAAGCCUAGGAGAUAGAAACACCGGCUACUUUCACGCUGUGUCCAAGAACCGGAAACGAGUCAAUGCCUUUUCGGUUAUUGAGAACUCAGAAGGAGAACCGGUUUAUCAGGAAGAUCAAAUUGGGAGAGUUAUUGUAGACUACUUCCAGCGGCUGUUCACAUCAAUGGGAGGAGACAGAGAGGAAACUGUGAACUACGCCCUAUCCCCUAUGAUCACGGCAGAGACAAACGAAGAGUUAAUCCGCAUACCACAAAGCCCCGGGACCGGAUGGCUUCUCGGCCAGCUUUUUCAUACGAAUUGGGAAAACAUAGGAGCGGAAAUAGUGAAGGAAAUCCAGGAGUUUUUCGUGACGGACAAACUGCCAGACAAGAUCAACGAAACCCAUAUCCGACUUAUUCCGAAGAUACAAAGCCCGAAGACGGUUGCUGAGUACAGGCCCAUCGCCUUAUGCAAUGUCUACUACAAGAUCAUCUCCAAGAUCUUGACCAAGAGGCUGCAGCCACUGUUAUCAGGUAUCAUCUCAUAG